AAAAGGGAUAUUUCCGUCGCGCGCAGUGAGGAUUUCUCGGGAAUACAUGCCUGGGAAAACCCAGGUCAAGAUGACACAAGACGUUGUGCAGGAGCCACGAAAGGCAGUCGGGAGGGGAGUACACCGCACAGCUCAAGCGUGACAUCUCCACGGGAUACUUGAUCACCGAUCACUACCAUGGCAACGAUGGCAACGACCCAAGAGCACAACGACGCCGUGUUGUCCAGCUUGGAGCCCGGUGACCAGGUGGAAUUUGGGAGAGUGUUGUAUUCUCACUGGGGCGUGUACAUUGGUGAUGGUUACGUGAUUCACCUGGCCAGUCUCGAUGGUGAGAGCUUUAGAAAGACUGAAAAAGCCGUUGUACGUAGAGACAAAAUCCAGGAUGUUGCUAAGAAAUGCAAGAUGAACAAAAACAACUCAAAAGGCCGGAGAUACAGACUAAAAACCUUCAGCAAAUCGGAGAUCGUGGAGAGAGCCAAGAGCCAGCUUGGCAGAAGGGAUAUAACAUGCUUGCCAGCAACUGUGAACACUUCGUGUCGUGGUGCUGCUAUGACAUUGAAAAUAAGUGACCAGGUGAACGAUGGCAUAGAACUGACGACGAGGGCGGCUGAAAUGUUCUUCGAUUGGUUACUGGAAAAGACUAAAUGA